GCCUUUUAGGGCGGGAGAUGCUUUCAGAUGAGGAGGAAACGCUUUGCAGGGCAGGCCGCACCCUCAGCCCAGCGCGGCCCAGACCCCCACAGGCUGCGGGCGCACGGAGCCGGCCCCUCCCGGCGCAGCGCCACAGCUCCGGGGCGGGCCCAGGCCUAGGCCCGGGGGCGUGGAAGCGGCGGGGCCGCAGGGCUUAUUUCAACGGCUGCAGCGGCAAGUGUCGGCCCGGCGUCAUGGCGGGUUGCGCGCUGUGGGCCGUGGUGGCGGUGUUGGCGAUGCUGCCUGCGGGGCUUCGGGCCGACACGCCGGCCAACUGUUCCUACGCCGACCUACUGGGCGCAUGGGAGCUCCGCGUCUGGCGGGCCGGUGGCCGCCACGGCAACUGCUCGCAGGCGGGACCUGUGGAAAAAACAGUGCUUGUGAAUCUUCAGAAAUUAGAUGUGGCCCAGGAUAGCCUGGGCAAUUUUGGUUUCUUCACUUUGAUUUACAAUCAAGGCUUUGAAGUUGUGCUAAACAAUUACAAGUGGUUUGCAUUUUUUAAGUAUAAAAAAGAAGGCCAGAAUGUAACCAGCUACUGUAAUGAGACUCUGCCAGGAUGGGUGCAUGAUGUACUUGGCCACAAUUGGGCUUGCUUCACUGGACAGAAGGUUUCUUCAUCUGCCUCAGAUGUUCACGUAAACCAACUACCUCUCCAGAAACUUGGAGGAGGGCUUUCUAGCAGACGCUUUGUGCACAACUUUGACUUUGUAAAUGCUAUCAAUACUUACCAGAAGUCCUGGAGAGCAACAAGAUAUGAGGAGUAUGAGAAUUUUUCUCUGGAAGAACUAACAAGAAGAGCUGGGGGUCUCUAUUCCAGGACUUCACGGCCGAAGCCUGCUCCUCUAACACCGGAGUUACUCAAAAAAGUUUCAAGCUUACCAGAAUCCUGGGACUGGAGAAAUGUGAACGGUGUCAAUUAUGUCAGCCCUGUUAGGAAUCAAGCCUCGUGUGGCAGCUGUUAUGCGUUUGCCUCCAUGGGCAUGCUGGAAGCAAGAAUACGUAUUCUCACAAAUAACACUCAGAAGCCAGUCUUCAGUCCCCAACAGGUUGUAUCUUGCAGCCAGUAUUCUCAGGGCUGUGAUGGUGGCUUUCCGUACCUCAUUGCUGGGAAGUAUGUCCAAGACUUUGGUGUGGUGGAAGAGGACUGCUUCCCUUACACAGCUCAGGAUUCUCCAUGCUUGUUCAAGCGCAGCUGUUAUCACUACUACACUUCUGAGUACCACUAUGUUGGUGGUUUCUAUGGAGCCUGCAAUGAAGCCCUGAUGAAACUUGAGCUUGUUCUGAGUGGGCCAAUGGCUGUUGCCUUUGAAGUUUAUAAUGAUUUCAUGUUUUAUAAAGAGGGAAUCUACCAUCACACUGGGCUCAGGGAUAACUUCAAUCCUUUUGAACUGACCAAUCAUGCAGUCUUGCUGGUAGGCUAUGGUAAAGACCCAAAAAGUGGUGAGAAGUUCUGGAUUGUCAAGAACAGUUGGGGCACCUCGUGGGGAGAAGAUGGUUACUUCAGAAUCCGUCGUGGCACUGAUGAGUGUGCAAUUGAAAGCAUUGCAGUGGCUGCCACUCCUAUUCCAAAAUUAUAAAUGUGGAGGUCUUCAUCAAGUGCCUUUGAGAAGGAAAUCCUCAUUUAUGAGAGCGUACCAGUUUUAGAGGAUGGUUAAAACCCAUUCUCUAGCUUAAAUGAGCUUUAAUGAUGUUUUUCAGACCAGAGAAAAAAGUUUUGCUAGGUGAGGACUCUAAACUCUGCACUGAGUACUGUAGGCUUCUUCUCUGGAGUCUAACAGUUGAUCACCUAGAAUGCAGUUGGCAUUUUGUUAACAGUGGUGAUAAUUAUUAGUCAUAGGAUAUACAUUUUUCUGUCACCAGUUGUGUGGUUUUUUUUGUUGUUUUUUUGCCAUGGACAAUCUUGAACAUCACAGCAGGUGCUGUGAUAAUAUGUAGCUACUCUGAAAGGACACUGUAGUGCCUUACUUCUCAGAAAUCAUGAAGUCACUGCAGUUAAUAACUUAAGUGUGUGUUGGGGAGGGAAUGGGCAAUUCUUCUGAUUAAAGGGAAAUUUUAAAGCUUUAAGUGUCCUGCAAAAGCUGCAAGUCAAACUCUUAUGAUGAUGAAAAUCAGUUCUGUGUUUUGGCCUGUUACUAAAUGCUCCAGUUCUGGAUUUCACUGCUGUACUUUGCAAUUGAUCAUCUCAGAGUUCAAUAAAAAUUAUCCCACUGCUAUA